CAGCGAUGACUUCACGCGAUAAAUACUUGAAUCUCCUGUAUUACUCCGUAGGACCAACUUAUUACAUCUCUCGCGCUCUCGGCUUGUUGCCUGUGAGAGUUGUACGAACGAAGAAUCAAAUUAGGAUUACCUCCAGUCACGACUUCCUUUACUUCGGCUUCUUCCUGCUCACCUACUUAUUCCUAUCUUCGUACACGAUUUUCGCACUCAUAUCCGAUGAGCAUAACUAUAAAGAAAUACCCAAAGGUUUCUUAUUUGUGAUCAGCGUCAUGAUCUUAACUUCGCAAAUCAUCACCGUGAUUAUGGCGUAUGUGAUGAGAAAGCCUUUACUCAAUAUGAUUGAGCGCUUCGCCGAAAUUGACAUGCAUUUUGGAAUGUAUAAUAUUAAAAUGGAUUACAAGACUGCUCUGAUGAAAAAUCGCGUCGCUGUUGGUUGGCUUACGUGCUCCGUGCUCAUUAGAUCGGCAUUCACGCUGCAGAACGUCAGCGUGGAUUUCAUUCAGCAGUAUGCCGUGUUCGCUGCGAGCUUCAUGAAGAGUCAACUGAAGUAUCUGUUCAUUAUUUUCGUUGAAGCUCUAUACGUGAGGCUGAGCAGGUUGAAUGAGAGUAUAGCUGCUGGUGGAGACAUGAAGGCUCUCAGCUUGUUGCACUUCAAGCUGUGCAACUGCUGCAGCAUUUUGAUACACAUCUUCGGUCUGCAAAUGGUGAUGGCCGUCGGCGUUUCAGCAGCAAAUGUUAUCUUCCAGAACUACUUUCUUUACAGAAUGUGCACGACAAGUAACUGCAAGGAACACUUUUACAUGAUUGGAGCUCCAUUGUUUUGGAUUCUGGACGAGAUGCUGGAAAUUGGGUUGCUCGUGAAGUUCUGCAGUAGAACUGCUAACGUGGCCAAUUAUACACCGGUACUGCUACACGAGAUGAGAAACCGCACACCUCAUGAUGAUGAUCUAGCGCGAGAAGUACUCGUAUUCAUAUAGUUAUUUCUUGUUAAUC